AUGCACGACCCUAUUUCGCUACAAUGGCUUGUCGAUGACUUUAUCGAGUCUGCGGGUGAAGGUCUCGAGAGCCGUGUCGAGCUCUUUGUUCGCGCUGGGCUUCCCAUCGACCGCACCCACACGGUGCUAGGAUACACAGCGAUGCAUGCAGCUGCCAGCCAACCUGACGGCCGUAUCAUGGCGCGCCUUAUCCGCGCAGGUGCCGAUGUAAACGUCCCGGCCACGACGCAAUCAACCCCAUUGCACACGGCCGUCAUGUUCGGCAACCAGACGUGUGUGGAGCAGCUCUUACGUCACGACGCCGCGAAACGUCCCGGCCACGACCGCAUGCUGCCGUACGAUGUCGUUCAAGAGUUUCCUUCCGAAGCGAUCCAAACGUUGCUUCAAGGGGCCCCGCCUCCCCCAGCGCGGUUGGCGUGUGUCUUGAGCGAGCCUUCAAACUUGCACUUGAGCUGGGAGCCCGGUGUCGUGCCAGCCCGACGAUCAACAACCAUGCCCGCG